AUGCCCCUCACCCCUCACUCCUCGCCCUGUUUCCUACUCGUGAAGAUCAGCGUGCGAAGCAGGAGCAUCCCUCAGCCCUCGGCCCUGGCUCUAUGUAAGGGCCUCGGCAUCUUCACCUGCACUGGGUCAUUGUGGUCCAACCUGAUCUUUACCCGGGAAGUGCUCUGCUUUACUUCUGCUGGGCUCGGAUACUUCCACUCUCCUCCAGUCCCGGUGGAGAUGCCGGGCCUGUCCGCCAAAGAGCCCUUCAAAAGUGGGUGA